AUGAUUUUGACACAUUGGAGUAGCUCACUUUUUACGGCAUUAGCAACAUCAGCACUGAACGUGCAACCAUCAGGUUGCUUUAUGGGUUACUGUGAUUUUGUACGCUGCUUAAGAAGAACCAACUCCAAUAAUUUGAUAAUUCAAUGUACGAGAGAAGCACGCACCGGUGUUAACAUAACGCUUGAUGCUGACAAUGUUAAGUUUUUUACAAAUGUUACUUCAUGUGUAUUGGCGCGCACAAGAUGUAGUACUUUUAAUCCUAUCACAGGUGAACCCCAAAUACCUGGAAGUUCAACACCUGGAUCCAAGAUAAGUAAUGCUCUUCAGUUUUCUGAUACUGGGGAGUUGAGAAUUUUGGCAUUUCCAGCAAAUACACAUGUUAUGAAUGCAUUUUGUGCUGUUUCGGCUAAUUUGACACAAACUAAUAAGAGAAGGAUCUUCAGUGCUGAACAAAGGCGGUCUUGGCUUUGCCCUGGAUGUUCAUUAAGUCAACCAAGAACAUUAAUUAAUGACAAUACUCCUGUUAAAACAGGCGCAGAAAAUGUAAACGUUCGUUGA